AUGCUCUGGGAUAUCAGAAAAAAGAGUGUGUAUGGACAAGUCGACAAAGAAGGAAGGGAUGGUAUUCCUGUACCGGAAGCCAAAAAGAGAGAGAGAAAGAGGGACAGUGAUGCAAAUGCAAAGCCCCCAUGCCACGGACUCUAUCAAGAUAAGCCUAGGCGUCUAGAAGUGACACCAAAAAGACUAGAUCCACACCCGUUUCCGGGUGGUGGCGAUCUGAGCCAGGGGAGCCGCGCGCAGUUCACAAGCGGCACGGGUGUCAGGGGGUAUGAUAAAGCGAAUCCUUCGGGCGAAGCGGGACAAACGAAUACCAAGAAACAAGUUUCGGUACUCCAAGGUCACGACAAGGCCCGCUAA